CCGGGCGGGAGGCGGCCGCGCUCUCGGUGCCCUCGGGCCAUGGCGCUGUGGCGCGGCUCGGCGUGCGCCGGCGUCCUGGCGCUGGCGCUGGGCUGCGUGCUCCUGCUGGAGCCCGAGCUGCCGGGCUCGGCGCUGCGCUCGCUCUGGACCUCGCUGCGGCUGGGGCCCGCGCCCGCGCCUCCGGGACCCCCGUCCCCGGAAAGCCGCCUGGCGGCCGCCUGGGACGCGCUCAUCGUGCAGCCCGCCCGGCGCUGGCGCCGCGUGGCCGUGGGGGUCAAUGCGUGCGUGGACGUGGUGCUCUCGGGGGUGAAGCUCCUGCAGGCGCUCGGCCUGCGUCCCGGGAGAGGGAGAGAUCACGCCGUGCUGCACUCCAGGAAGGAUCUGGAAGAGGCCUUCGCCCACUUCAUGGCGCAGGGCGCGGCGGCCGAGCGCUUCUUCAGUGACCGGGAAGCCUUCCACGCCGUCGCCCAGGCCGCGUCCGAGUCCCCGGGAGCCCAGCACUACGUGGGAGGAAACGCGGCUUUGAUUGGACAGAAGUUCGCGGCCAACACAGACCUGCAGGUUCUUCUCUGCGGCCCCGUUGGCCCAAAGCUGCACGAACUCCUUGAUGACAACGUAUUUGUCCCACCCGAGUCGCUGCAGGAAGUGGACGAGUUCCACCUCAUCCUGGAGUACCAAGCAGGGGAGGAAUGGGGCCCGUUUAAAGCUCCCCAUGCCAGCCGCUUCAUCUUCUCACACGACCUCUCCAACGGGGCCAUGAAUGCGCUGGAGGCGUUUGUGUCCAGCCUGGAGGAGUUCCGGCCCGACCUGGUGGUCCUCUCGGGUCUGCACAUGCUGGCGGGACGUGGCGAGGAGCUGCAGAGGAAGCGGCUGCUGGAGGUGGUGAACGCUCUCUCUGACAUCCCCGCCGGCAUCCCCGUGCACCUGGAGCUGGCCAGCAUGACGGACAGGGAGCUCAUGCGCAGCGUCGUGCACCAGCAGGUCUUCCCCGCCGUGUCGUCCCUGGGGCUGAAUGAGCAGGAGCUGCUGUUCCUGAGCCAGGCGGCGUCCGGCCCGCAUGCCGGCCUCUCCUCCUGGGACGGCGUCCCCGACGUGGCCGUGGUCAGCGACAUCCUCUUCUGGAUCCUGAAGGAGCACGGGCCGAGCGGGAGCCGCGCCUCGGACCUCACCCGGGUGCACUUCCACACGCUGGCCUACCACAUCCUGGCCACCGUGGACGGCCACUGGGCCAACCAGCUCGCCGCGGUGGCGGCCGGGGCGCGCGUGGCAGGGACGCAGGCGUGCGCCACCCAAGCCAUCGACGCCAGCCGGGUGACCCUGAGGGCCCCCCGGGAGUUCAUGACGUCACACUCGGAGGCAGGCACCCGGGUGGUGGUGGACCCCAACAAACCUGUGCAACAGUGGCGCCGGGACGGGGUGUCCUUCCACUUCACGCCCGUGCUCGUGUGCAAAGACCCCGUGCGAACCGUGGGCCUGGGGGACGCCAUCUCCGCGGAAGGACUCUUCUACUCCGAAGCGCACUCGGCCGCCGGGCUCGAGUGAGGACCCCGGCUGGGGAGACGGGGGCAGCGGCCUGUGGGGGUCGGAAGGUUCCGGGCCAUUUGGAAGACAGCCAAGGAAUCCACAGCGGUGGUGCCCCGCGCGAGCCGCUCCCUGCCAGCCUGGGGCGGGCGUGGUCACACGCGUGGCGGGUGAGACUGCGUUGCUGCUCCGUGGUACGUGGGGAAAGCCCCCGCUCCAAACGCCCCUCCGACGGCGCCAUCCAGAGCCCAUGGCCCGCGCCCCCAGGCGAGUGGGGACCCUCCACAGCCGUGAGCCGCGCUGCGGUGCAGCGGCCGGGGGUCCGGGGCCCCGGCGGCCCUGCCACCUCUGCCCCCGCUCCUCUGGCCCGCCCCGCGCAGCCCCGACAGCCCCGAUGUGCGGCCUCCGAGCCCUGCGGACCGGCUCCCAACUGGAAUGCGCUGCUGCGGGCGGCCGAACACCCGCGGCCGACCUCAUAAAGCCCCAGGAUCAUGAAUAAAUGUGUCAUGUAUUUAUUUUUUU